AUGUCCACUAUAGCAGCCCAGCCUUUACCCUAUGGUCUGGAAAGAGAAAAACACAUUGAGAUGCUUUUCAGAGCUUUCCAGAGGUGGAAGUACUCCACAAGCCCUCAGAACCUCACUACCACGCUAGCUCCAACACAAGGUCCCCAGCAUAGGGAUCUAUCACCCACAUUCCAGGCUGCAGACCCGGAGACAAACAGGCAUAAAGGAGUGCAGUGGGUCACAGAGGCAUUACCGGCAGGUCUAGCUGCUCUAAGAACAAUCAGCCAACUACACAUAACUGCUAUGCCUGAGCUUCAGGGUCCCCAGUGCAUUUCCCGCAGGACAUACAGUGUUGCUGCAGAAACGAAACAGCUGUUUCUGGCUGUGGAAGAGAGCUCAUGUGUAUGUAUGCAAUGCUGUGGUCCUGCUCGUGCCUGCUCUUUGCAAGGUUUUGAUCAGGAUCAGCAGAAGAUUUUUCUAUUUGAAAGACCACUUAGAACAGAUAUGUGUUGCCUGGGUUGCUGCUUGAUGGAGAUGAAGGCCUACACGGCCCAGAGGGAGCUCAUUGGCACGGUCCACCAGAGGUGGAGUAUGUUCACACCCUACUUUGAGGUAUGUGACUCUGCAGACUCUCCCUUCCUGAGGAUACAAGGCUCCUACUGUCCAAUCCGCUGCCUUUCCAACCAAGAGUUUCAGAUUGUCUCCAUGAUUGGUGAGCAUAUUGGAACAGUAUGGAAAAAGUGGCCAGGCUACAAUGAAAGCUGCAACAUGGACCAUGAACAUUUUGGGUUGGAUGUCUCUCAAAACAUGAAUGUGAAUACCAAAGUGUUACUUCUAGCAGGUACAUUUCUCCUGAAUCACAUGUUUUUUGAAAUGAGCUAA